UGUCUCACGCCUCCGGUUGAUUGAUUGGCCCUCCGCGUUUCGAAAGUCGUUGACCUGCCCCCAUUUCCAUCCCAAAACACUCAACACCAGUUACACCAUCACUUCCACCUGAUCAUUUCACCGCCAGCCCGCGUAAUUUCUCGAGUCCUCUCCAUCUACUCAUCACAUAUCCGUCCUACCGAACUAGAGCUACUGCCUCUCCUACACGAACCUACGAGCCGCCUCAUAGCAUAUAAACGGUGUACACGAUGAGGCCCGCUCAGUUGCUCGCUGCGGUCGUCGCACUGUCCUCCGUCACCGCCGCCUGGCCAGACAUGUUCGACCAUACAAAUGCAAUCUCUCCCGUCAAGAAUGUGAUCUACGGAAGGCAAGACAAUUCGGAAUCCACAGAGCCUAGCAAGACCGCAGAACCAAAGUCCUCCGCCACGGAUGGAAAGCCAGAGAAGACUGAAGAUCCAAAGGAGACAAACUCGGGAUCCGCGUCGGCCACUGCCACAGGAAAGGACAAGGCUUCACAGACCGGAAAGGCCAGUGGCACUGCCAGCGCCACCAAGUCCAAGUCCAAGUCCAUCGCUCCCGACAAGCCGGCUGGUGGUAUCCAAAUGAUCACCCCGGAGGCCAUUGCUGGACCUCAAUACUACAAGAUUGGUGACUGGGUCACAUUUGCCUGGAACUACACCAGUCUCCUCGUUACUCCCAAGGCCAUUGACAUCAUGGCUACAUGCACAAAGAACCAGGCAACUUACACGCUCGCGGUCAAUCAAUCUGUGGAGGAGACGGGCCGCAUCCUAUGGGAUACCUCCAAGGACAAGGACAGCAACAAUCCUCUUCUUACCGAAAUGUAUACCUUGCUCGUCUACGACUCCGAAUCCGACGUUACGGCCAUCCCAUCGCCAGGCCAUUUGGGCAGCGCCAACUCCUUCAGGUUCGGUCUCUAUCAGCCACAGAAAUACGUCCCUUGGGCGGAGUUCGAGUGCGCAAACUGCAACGGUGCCAUGGGCACCUUGACCCUCAAUGCCCUCUUCAUCACAUGCGCGACCACAUUCGGAUCCCUUCUCUACUUCGCCUAUAGUUUCGGCGCCUUCUGAUCUCGUCCUUCCGGAACCAUGUCGAAACCUCAUAUUGAAUGGGAAUCACUCUCCGAACUACCCACAUUCUAAAUAGCAUCAACAUCCUCUGCAUCGAAAUAACGGCGUUCUCUCACUAUUUAUAUUUGUUCUUGUACAUUCACUCCUUAUACGGUCUAAAAUAUUGGUUUACAGCGGCAACGCUACGCUACGAAGAGUCUAGUCACUGCUCGUGACUAGUGGAGUUUCCGGUGUGGUGCGCUAUCUAUAUGGAGAAUUAUUGG